AUGGCAACUGAAAUUGAUCUUAAAGGCGAAGAUAUUUCACCGGCAAAAGAUGGAGGUAUUUUAAAAGAAAUUAUCAAAGAAGGCUACAGUAAUGAAAAGCCAAUAACCAACGAUAAAGUAUUUGUACAUUAUGUUGGCACAUUACUCGAUGGAACCAAAUUUGAUAGCAGUCGAGAUCGAAAUCAAAAAUUUGAAUUCGAGCUUGGUAAAGGUAGUGUUAUUAAAGCAUGGGAUAUUGGCGUAGCAACGAUGAAACGUGGUGAAAUAUGUCGUCUAAUAUGUAAAUCUGAAUAUGCAUAUGGUGAAAAUGGUUCAGGAGAUAAAAUAGGGCCAAAUGCAACAUUAAUUUUUGAAAUUGAACUGUUUGAUUUUAUGGGUGAAGAUAUCAGUGAAGGAAAAGAUCAAAGUGUUAUACGACGAAUAUUUACUAAAGGAGAAGGAUGGGCUAAACCGAGUGAUGGUAGCAUUGUAGAUAUUUCUCUUAAAGGUACUCAUGAAAAUCGAAUAUUCGACGAACGGAGACUGAAAUUUACUGUUGGAGAGGGUUUAUUAAAAGAUAUUCCAGAAGGUAUUGAAUAUGGAGUGACACGUAUGACCAAAGGUGAAAAUAGUCAGUUGAAAUUAAAAUCAAAAGCAAUUGAUGGUCUCGAAAAAUUUAAUAUUCCAAAAACUGCUCAUGUAGAAUAUAUUGUCACUUUGCACGAUUUUGAAAAAGGAGUCGAUAAAUGGUCAAUCGGUGAUGCAGAGAAAAUUCAAGAAUCUGAAAAAUUAAAAAAACGUGCUGCUGAAUUAAUCAAAGAUGGUCAUUAUCGUAUUGCUUAUAAGAAAUAUAAAACUAUUAUAGAAUAUCUUAAAACAGAUAAUCAUGAUGAUGAAAAAGAUAAAAAUAAAGUACGUGAAUUAAAAUUAGCAACACAUUCGAAUAUGGCUUUAUGUUGUUUGAAAUUGGGUGAAUAUGCGCAAUCUAUUCGUGCAUGUGAUAGUGCACUUGAAUUAGAUUCAAAAAAUGAAAAAUGCUUCUUUCGUCGAGGACAAAGCUAUUUGGCUAUGUUAGAUUAUAAGGAAGCUAUAAAAGAUUUUCAAGAAGUUCUUAAAUUAAAUCCAUCAAAUACUGCAGCAACUCAACAUAUUCAAACUUGUCGAGAACAAAUAAAAGCUUAUCAACAUCAAGAAAAACAAUUAUAUGCCAAAAUAUUUUCUAAAAUGACUACCAAUAAUGAAAAAGCUAAUGACCAAGCAACGAACGGUGAUGCGAAACAAAAUAAGGAUGAAACUGCAACUUCGAAUUAA